ACGUGUAGAGGACCUUCCCAUCACUGCCAGCACCACUCAGCACAGACACAUCUCUGGAGAACUAAGUGCUAAUACAUUGGCAAGUAUGGACUGGAAGACCGCUCUGUCCAUGAUAUGUCUGCUUGCUGCAGCUGUGUCUAGAACUACAGUUGCUCAAAACACAACUACAACAGCGGCCGCAGCUGGCUCCACAACUACAACAGCGGCCGCAGCUGGCUCCACAACUACAACAGCGGGUGCAGCUGGCUCCACAACUACAACAGUGGCCGCAGCUGGCUCCACAACUACAACAGUGGCCGCAGCUGGCUCCACAACUACAACAGCGGGCGCAGCUGGCUCCACAACUACAACAGCGGGCGCAGCUGGCUCCACAACUACAACAGCGGCCGCAGCUGGCUCCACAACUACAACAGCGGCCGCAGCUGGCUCCACAACUACAACAGCGGGCGCAGCUGGCUCCACAACUACAACAGCGGCCGCAGCUGGCUCCACAACUACAACAGCGGCCGCAGCUGGCUCCACAACUACAACAGCGGGUGCAGCUGGCUCCACAACUACAACAGUGGCCGCAGCUGGCUCCACAACUACAACAGCGGGUGCAGCUGGCUCCACAACUACAACAGCGGCCGCAGCUGGCUCCACAACUACAACAGCGGCCGCAGCUGGCUCCACAACUACAACAGCGGGCGCAGCUGGCUCCACAACUACAACAGCGGCCACAAGUGGCUCCACAACUACAACAGCGGGCGCAGCUGGCUCCACAACUACAACAGCGGGCGCAGCUGGCUCCACAACUACAACAGCGGGCGCAGCUGGCUCCACAACUACAAGAGCGGCCGCAAUCGCGCCUACAUCUGGUUCCACAACCUCAGUCCCAUCCACUAAUUCAACAGCAAUGGGAUCUAAUAUCACAAAGACAGCUGCAUCUAACACUACUACAGCACCUACAAAUCCUACUACAACCAAUACAACUGCAAACAUCACAACCACAACUACUUCUACUAUUACAACAUUAGCUACAGUGACGACUACACUUGCUCCAAAUACAGUGACUACCUUUCAGUUGGUGUUUACCUCCAAUGAGACUUAUACUACAGAUCUUGCAAACCAAACUUCUCAGGCCUAUCAAGCAAGAGCCAACAACACAAAGAAACAGAUCGAACCAGUGUACAGUAGGAAAUUCGCCUCAUUUCUGCAUUACAAUAUAUUUGGUUUUACCCCGGGAUCUAUUGUGACAAAGGGCAGCUUGGAGUUCAACAAAUCUAGUUCAAAUGUUCCAAGUGCAACUGAGGUGCUCACAACCUUGCAAACCGCAGUUCAAAAUGGUUCAGUGAACCUCCCCAUCACUGUUUCCAGCAUCACAGUUACUGGUGACUCCCCAGCACUCGUGUCUGUGUUCAGCUUUUUUGGACUGUCUCUGGGUUCACUCCUACUCACUAGAGUACAGCAGUACUAGUAAACAGAUGCGCAAGCACACAUGCACACACACACACACACACACACACACACAGAGGCACGCUAAUAUACACUAUGUUUGCAAUCUUCUUUUUUUCCGUAAUUUGUGUAACUGAUUUAAAUACAAAGGCCAGUUCACACAUAUGUAUAUGGGUACAUUCCUACAUCACAGUAACCUGUAACCUUUAACCUGUAAUCAUUUUUACAAAUGAAUUCCCAUUCAGCACCUGGAGGCUGUGGGUCUUUAAUCUUGACAUUUUCAAAUUAUGAACCUUUCAUUUUGGACCAUUGCUAAAUGCCCAAGAGACGGAGCAGCAUGCGUGAGGACUGGGUUCAGAAGAAGACCCUGUCUGAAGAAAAACUCCGCUUUACUCUGGAAACUGGCAGGCAGGAGAAUACAGCACCUGAACUCCUCCGACUGCUGAUAAACACGCCAGUAAUAAGUAAUAAAACCUAAUUGGCUCAAAGGAAAUAUGCAGACACUGGCAAUAGCAAAAAUCCAUGAUUGAUUGUCAACAUAUUAAGGUUGCUUUUAUGGUUUUUAGGGUUCAUUUUUGUCUUGUUUUUCUCUGCAGCAGUGGUUUCAUGUACACUUUAUGUUAUUAUAUUUUAUGUUUAUUAUAACCGGCAUUUUUACAUCAUGUCUGGUAUUUGCUAAUUGUGAGAAAUCAUGCAUGUUGGUUCACACUACCUUGUAAGACUUGAAUUCUCAGAUAUGCUUCACACUUCGACUCCUGUAUUGUUUGUCUUUGUUUAAUAAUCACCACUCGUGCUUGUUGACCUUAGUUGUAUCUUUAUCCACAUUCAAGUAAAGUAUGAGGUUCAGAAGUUAUAUUACAUCUCACAGCAUGAUUCAACACAAACUCUCAUUAUUGGCAGUUCUUCCAAAUAAAAAAAAAAAA